UUUAAUUUGUGUUAAAACAUUUAUAAUUUAGAUGUGACAGGUCGAUCUUGAAGAAACGCAUCAUAAGUCUUCACUUGGUAAAUCAAACCAACACGUGUCGUCGCCUUCUAAUAGAUAAAUCCCUAGUAAUUAUCCUGAAUCUUGCAAGGAAUGACCAUGCUUCGACGGAAAGUGUACUUUUUAUUUUUUGUUUCUGCAGCGAUUGUUAUCCUAUACGGCUUUAUCUGGACAAAAUCUGUUGUGAAUAACAGUUAUAACGCUCCACCUGAGAAGGAGGAAUCAGGUAUCCAUGUGAUAACUAACUAUCCGCUGAUGACUGAAAAACCUUGGAACGAAGGCCAAACAGACACCAACAGAUCCAGACUAUGGCAAAGACAGGAAGAAAUAGAAGAAACAUUACAGAAAAAUCUCAACCACACUUUAGUCACAGCUGUUCAUCUUCUCGUUGAUCAACCGUCAGCCGAACAAAGAUUGAGCGAACAAAAUUUUCAUAACAAACACAAAAUAUUUGUACAUCGCAUCAACGCCUUGCCGAAAUACAGAGAUUUCUUCGAUUACGUAAACGACAGACUCCAAAAUCAGCUUGUGGUUAUGUUGAAUAUGGAUAUUUAUCUUGGCGAAGGAUUUGAAAUGUUAAAUAAAACAUUUCUAGUAGAAUAUAAUACAUCUUACGUCUUGACACGCCAUGGCCGUCAGGAAAAAAUGUGUAAUAUGGCCGGUAGACCGGGAUAUUGUGGAGUAAGCUUUAUCGGUUCACACGAUGCCUAUAUUUUUGUGCUAACACAACCUUUAGAAGAGUCUGUUCUGGUGGAGUUGGAUUAUUAUAUGAAUGUCUAUGGGGCGGAAAACAAACUGGUUUGGGUAUUAAGGAACAAGAUGAAAAGGAGACUUCUCAAUCCGUGUAAAUACUUGAAGACAUACCAUAACCACUGUGUUGAUAUAAUUGGCAAUGCAAGAACACGAAUAAAUAGGAAUGGGAAGAGUGGCGUUGUGGGACCUAGUGGGUUAUAUGAAUGACAUGAAGUGCUUGUAACUGUAAAGAACAAUUCACUUCAAAAGGAAAUAGUUUAGGUAAAAGCUUCUACUACGAACAUAAUUUUAUUUAUAGUACAGUGCAUGUGUAAUAUAAUAACGUUUUGGAUUGGCUAACUCGAUUCAGUACUGCACAAAAGGGAAUUUUUGCCCUACGGCAUCACUAUAUUACGAGGCUUUAUUUAGGUAGUGUAGUGAAUCGUUACAUUGUUUCUAGUUCUUGUCACUAUAAUCAAAUCGUUCUUUUUCGUUGUUAUCUUUGUUUAGUUUUUCUUCGUUGUUCACUGUUCGUUUGUUCCUUGUCGUUUUCUAGUCGUGUUUGAGCUUCCGCAGCUUUUCAUCCGUUAAGGUGGCUCGAUAUAGUUAUUACAAAAACGCUGCUCAAGAAUCGCGAAUUCAAAACCGGGUGACAAUUUUUACGCGCAGGUCGCGGAGAUUGAUUAACAAAAUGAAAGAACUUCCAAAAUGACCUGACGUGAGCAGUUGCUCGCGCCAUAUCAGCCAUUGCGCGUGUUCCAUAGCGUUUUAUGUCAAUUGCUGACGUCAUUAGAAUUUUCCAUUUUAGAUAAACAAUGCGCUAUAUCUCUUUAUUUUGUCUGGUGACCUAUGUUCAAAUUUUGCAUGCUGUAUUGCACUGCUAAAAACUUUCAUUAUACAAAAAAUAAAAAAAUUCUGUAAUGCCAAAAAAAUUUUACAGAAGAUUAUGAGAUUUUCGCAUUUUCCAAAAAAAUGGCAUUACAGAAUUCUUUUAUAUCUUGCUAAUUCUUUGCUUUUCGUCCAAGUAAAAUAAUGCGCAAAAAAAAAUUGGGGGUCACCAUGCUUCUUUUCCAACUAUACGAGACGAUAGGCCAUUUUGGAGUGAAUUUCAUACACGUAUGUCGUCAUAGCAACGGACUAUCUGUUAUUAAAACUAAUAUAAUUUGAAAGUAGAGAUAUCAAAAUAUAUAAGAAACCCGAAUAGCUGCUGAAUAAAUCCUAAAAAUGCGUAGUUUGAACAUGUCAAAGUGUUGAACACCUGUAUUUCUGAAAACUGUAUCGAAGCCACCUUAAGCUUUAUUCAGCAUACGUCCACUGUCGACUUUCACUGUGCACGCUCUUUUAUUAUACUAACGGUCGAGGGGAUCUCCGUACAUGUGAUCUAGCAAGUGGGAUGGUUCAUAUCCAACCAAUCAACGUUGAGCUGCAGGAGCGUGGAUUGGCGUCGUUAGCUCGUUCUAGCCCUCAAAUUCUGUUUGUUACACUUGUCGAGUCGGUUCGCUGUUAAAGUGCAUAUGACAUGAAAUUUCUUAUUUUCAUAAAUGCAAGAACUCUUUAAGCUGUAGUGUAACUUAUUUUUCAGUUUCUUAUUUUUAUGGUUUGUUCCCGAGAUAUUUCAAUUUGUUUGAUAUGUAAAUGAGUGUGAAUAUGUCCGCUAAUUUAUGACGUCAUGUUGGUUGCAAGCUCUUCAAAAUGGUUGAAUAUCACUGCUAUCAUCCAACUGAUGAUAAUUUCAAACUUCAGUCACUGGUAAAUGUGAUGAAACACUGGAAACCAUUUACUAAAUGAGAUACAGAAAUUACACAACACAAAAUCACAAGCGACUGUGCGGGUCUUAUUACCAAUUCCUAAUUUACAAUAUCGCGGCCGAUGGUCAAAUCCGACCCCAGUGCCUUUUUUAAGGAAUUUUCACUGGGGGGGGGGGGCAAAACAGGAAAAAAGGCAGAACGAAAAAUAUGAGCCGUCGAGGUUUGGCUAACGCGCGAGUCCGAAGAGAGAUUUUGUAAAACUUUAAUUUAUUAACUUCAGCUAUAUUUUACUUUAAACAAUAACUUCUUUGUAGCUGCUAUAACCAUUGGCGUAGCCAAACCUUAAUUUUUGGGGGGGAGGGAGACUGUCUAGGGGGGUCUGGGGGCAUGCGCCCCCGGGAAAAUUUUGAAAUCUAGGUUCCCUGAAUUGCGAUUUCAAGCAUUUUG